GGGAAAGCCGUAGAUCAGUAAGACUUUUCCAAAAAAGAGGUAAGGGGAGGAAGAAAGGGGCAGCGGAGACUGGCUACUGCAUUCCGUAGGAGGGGCCAGUAGCUUCUUUUUUACCUGCUGAAUCAGGUGUACCGGCUCACGAAUGCGGGGACCUACAUAUGAGAAAGGGACAAGGAUAGAGAAAGUAUUUAUUUGUUCAUUUUAAAGGCUAAAUGUAGAAUUCUUUAUCUGCAGACCCUUUUGUGGACUGUGUCUGGGGCACUUGCUGGGCCUUGGAAAGAGGGAAGAACGGGGACAACUUUUUUGGCAGUAAAGGAAAAGCCGGUCUAGGCUACCACCCUUCGGUGCUUUUCCUAGCCAAAACCGAUAGCGCCGCAUGGCUUCCGCGGUCUGGGGGAGUGUCCCCUGGUGGGGCCCGCCACCCCCAGCCCCAGCCCGGCCGCUCACGGACAUCGACUUCUGCUCUGGGGCUCAACUGCAGGAACUGACCCAGCUGAUUCAGGAGCUGGGUGUGCAGGAAAGCUGGAGUGACGGGCCCAAGCCGGGAGCAGACCUCCUCCGGGCUAAGGACUUUGUCUUCUCUUUGAUUGGUCUAGUUCACCGCCGGGACCCCCGCUUUCCUCCCCAGGCAGAGCUCUUGCUGCUUCGUGGUGGAAUUCGCGAGGGCUCCCUGGAUCUGGGGCAUGCACCCCUGGGCCCCUACGCCCGGGGACCUCACUACGACGCCGGUUUUACACUCCUAGUGCCCGUGUUUUCGCUGGACGGCACUGGGCUGCAACUAGACCUGGAAUCCUGUUCCGCAUGGUUCCGCCUCCCAGAGCUGGUGUGUGGAACUUCCACCCGGGAGACGUGGCAGGAUUGCCUAGGACCCCCGGUCCCAGGAGGACAUGAUUCGAUCCACCAAACUGAGAGCGAAGAAAUUCCCAAGGACUGGCAAAACUCAGUGGACCAGUCGCAUGAUUACGUCACUGAGCACGAGCCACAAAAGUCUUUGGAAACAUCACCUCUUGAUGUUUCAGGGUCUGAGUCGCCGCAUGACGUCACUGACCUUGGCUCUCCUGGAUCUCUGAAAACACUUAGCAGUGACGUCACCAAGGCAGCCGUCGAAAGUCCAGUCCCAAAGCCGUCGGAGGCUCAGGAGGCGUGGCCCACAUUAUGCCCCGCCCAGGUGGCUGCCUGGUUCUUUGCUUCGCUAGCAGCAGUCGCGGAGUCCCUGAUCCCUGUCUCGGGUGCCCCGCGCCUGGUGCAUGCAGCUCGCCACGCUGGUUUCACCACCAUCCUCUUGGCGACGCCGGGGCCCCCGCGCCGCCUCCUACUUUUCGAUCUGAUCCCAGUGGUGUCCGUGGCUGGCUGGCCCGUGGGGGCUCGGAGCCACUCGUGGGCUGGUCCUCUGGCCUCCGAGUCGGCUUCCUUCUACCUGGUGCCCGGUGGCGGCACCGCCCGCUGCCUCGGGCUGCUGGACGAGCUGGGCCGUGUGCUCGAGGCCGGAACGCUGCCUCACUAUUUUCUGAGCGGCCGAAAGCUCCGUGCGGGGGACGGCUCCGCCGAGCUGCUCGGGGCGUUGGCUCGUCUCCGCGGGGACCCCGCCCGGGCCCUCCGAGCCGCGGUAGAGGAGGCCAAGGUUGCGCGCAAGGGGGGCGGCUUAGCGGGCGUGGGGGGCGGGGCCCAUUAAAGACGCGGCUGCUACCAG